CCGACGUGGAGUUGAAGUAAAAGCAUUUGGAAAAGGAUUGACACACUUAUCAGGGAAAUUUGAAUCCGGAGGCAGAAGUGGAUAAUUUUUGUUUAUGGGUGAAUUUCCCGUAUUCAUACGAACAUGACGUCUCUCAGGUGAUUUUGCAGGUUUCUAAGCCCGCCGCCGUGCCUGCGUUGGACAUGGGACCGUUAUGUGGGAUUGGGGUAGACUCUAGAGGAGGAAUUCAGUCUUCCUGAACGACAGAUUGUAUUUGCUGACAUCGAAAGCGGAGGCACGGACUCUGUGAAGCUGGCAGCUGAGAAAAUGCCUUCUAGCCGAGGUUUCCUCUUGCUGCUGUUGAAUGGGGCAACUUGCUUGCUGACUCUUGGACAAGAAGACUCUCUGAGACACAAAAGCUCCCCCAGGGAUCAGACAAAGCCUAUGGGUGUCGUUGGAGAGCAGAGUCUCUCACCACUGGGCCGUUGGAUGCUACAUACCAAGAGUCAGGCAGCUAACAGCACAGACCUCGAGCUGCCGUACCAUUCUCCAGUGCCGUUCUCCAAGCAGGAGUUCUGGGAGAUGCUGGGCAGUGACCUGCAGCCCGAUUCACUGUCCUCACGGGUUAAGCGCCGGCCGAUUGUCAAGACAGGAAAGUUCAAGAAGAUGUUUGGGUGGGGUGACUUCUACUCCAAUAUCAAGACAGUCAGGCUGAACCUGCUGAUCACUGGCAAGAUUGUGGACCACGGCAAUGGCACCUUCAGUGUGUACUUCCGCCACAACUCAACAGGCCAGGGCAACAUCUCUGUCAGCCUGGUUCCACCAGUUAAGGCCGUAGAAUUUGACCUUGAGCGCCAAAGUGUGGUCUACCCAAAGGACUCCAAGAUCUUUAACUGCCGGAUUGACUAUGAGAAGGUGGACCGGAACAAAAAAACAUCCCUCUGCAACUACGACCCCUCCAAAACCUGCUACCAGGAACAGACACAGAGCCAUGUCUCUUGGAUCUGUUCAAAGCCCUUUAAGGUCAUCUGCAUCUACAUAUCCUUCUACAGUACGGACUACCGUCUUGUCCAGAAGGUCUGUCCUGACUACAACUACCAUAAUGAAAUGCCAUACCUCCCAUCAGGGUAAAUCUAAAGGGAGUAUAAAGGCAGUCAAAGGCGCAAAGUUUCAGAAACUAGAUGAAAGAAACUUUAAGGAGGGCUCAGGGAAUUGUAUUGGAGGGGGGGGCUUUUAUUUCACUAACACUGAAAUCACAAACUAGAAUUUUACUUUAAUGAUCUACUCAUGAAAACCCUUAUCCUUCUUAAUAUAUACACAUUCAUAUAUGUGUUUGUGUGUGUGUAUGUGUGUGUGUCUGUGUUUUUUAUUUUCAAAAAGCCUGGGGCUGGUUUUCCCUUUCAACAGUUUGUUCUAAGAAUGUUCUCAAAAUAUUCUCAUUCCCCAAUGGAGAGUGACUAGGCCCCCAUGUAAGUGCAUCGAGACUGCAUCUUACCCACUGCUGCCCUACAUUUCAGCUCUGAGUUGCAAUAUCAUAACACACCUCGGCAGGAAGGGCUGUCCUACUCAAGGACUUGGACGGAGGAAAAUUAAUGUUGUUAUUUUACACAUUCCAAAAUCAAAAUCCACACACAGGCCUUAGAGAAACACUAAAUAUGUCUGCAGCUGUUCAGUCCAUUUAGAAUAGAAUUUUUCUGCUUCUCCUGGACAAUAGGUGCUCCAAUUUAGUUUGCAACAAAAUCAGAGUUAGAGAUAAAAAUGUUCAAGGCUGUGCUACACUGCAAACAAAUUCUGAGAAAUAACAGUGUCCUUAAACAUUCAGAAGAAAGUAUCCAAUUUGAGUUCUAAGUACCUCUGUUCUGUUCUCUCUGUAGCAAGAUUAUC